GAGAGCUUCAAAACCUUGACACACUUUUGAGUCGGAUCCGCACCACCAACGGCACCAGAAAAUGGCUAGUCUAAUCCCUGAAACAACCCAGAAACUCUUCAAUCCGGAGACCCUCCGCUCCGCCGCCAAACAAUCGGAGCGCUGCCUUAUCGUCCCCGUCCGUCUCCGCCGUGCAAUCAAAAGAUACAUCCGAGAGCAAGAUGAGCCACACAUGAAGAGGAAAGUGUUGAGGUUGUCAGAAUCAUUAAGCGAAAUAAAGGGUGUGAAUCGGAUGCUAACAGAGUCCUCUUCAAAGGAGCGUUUUGAAGACCCUUUUAAGUCCAUGGAGCAAUCAAAGAGGUGGAAGAUCAAGAGCGCUUAUGGAGACAUUGGUCUUAAGUACAGGGACGAUGAGAGUAUUGCUUAUGUUGCUUCAAGAAUGCCUGCCGUUUAUUCUGCUUGUUAUAGAGUUCUCUCUGAGGUUCGAAGGAGGUUACCAGGUUUCUCACCUGCAAGAGUACUAGAUUUUGGUGCUGGCACUGGUUCAGCUUUCUGGGCAUUGCGAGAAGUUUGGCCUCGCUCUUUGGAAAAAGUGAAUAUAGUUGAACCAUCCCAAUCAAUGCAGCGUGCAGGUCAGAGCCUUACACAAGGCCUGGAGAAUUUGCCUCUUAUUCAUAGCUACGAUAGCAUUCAAGCGCUAAGUAAAGAUAUCAAAAAGUCUGAGAGGGAACAUGACCUUGUAAUUGCUUCUUACGUGCUUGGGGAGAUACCGUCGCUGAAGGACCGAAUUACUAUAGUUCGCCAACUUUGGGAUCUUACAGGGGAUGUUCUGGUUUUAGUUGAACCGGGUACACCACAGGGAUUUAGUAUCAUAUCUCAAAUGCGGUCUCAUAUAUUAUGGAUGGAGAAAAGGAAAAGCCGGAAAUCUGAAGCUCGUAAGUCUAAAGGUGUAAACAACAAAAAUUCGAACGAGGUCGCAACUCUCAGAAGUGGUGUGCAUAUAGUUGCUCCUUGUCCUCAUGAUGGACGUUGUCCAUUGGUGAAUUCCGGAAAAUACUGUCAUUUCGUUCAGCGUUUACAGAGGACAACAUCACAGCGUGCAUCUAAGCACACGAAGGGUAAGCCUUUACGUGGAUUUGAAGACGAGAAAUUUUGCUUUGUUGCUUUCAGACGUGGACAAAGACCUAGGGAACCCUGGCCGCUUGAUGGUAUGGAAUUUGAUACUUUGAAGGAGCAAAAUGCUAAAAGAAAUCCAGAAGAUCUUGAAAUCGACUAUGAGGAUCUACUUAAAUUACAAGCCGAAGCCGAAGAUAGGCGACAUGAGUUAGUAAAUCCAGUUUAUUAUGACUCUGAUGGUGAUGAUGAUGUUGACAAAGAUUUAGAGGUGGAAGAGAAAGAAGAUAAAACAGGCCGUGCUAAUGUUGGGGGUGGCUGGGGAAGGAUUAUCUUUGGUCCUGUUCAAAGGGGCAGGCAGGUUACCAUGGAUGUCUGUCGAUCAAUCAAAAGGGAUUGCUCAGAGGGCACAUUUGAGCAUGUUGUUAUGACACGGACCAAGAAUCCUAUAUUACAUCGUCUGGCUAGGAAAUCUUUCUGGGGUGAUUUGUGGCCCUUCUAAACCCAAAUUAACCUAUUUGUUUUCCUUUUAAUCACUAAUGUAAAUAGUUUAGUAUCAGUGAGAAAUCAUCUUUGUAUUUUGCCCUUAAAAAAUGCGAAUAUUUCAACAAAUGGUGAUCAAAUGUCAAGACUUGUAAUGUCACAAGUUCAUAUUCUUUGUAUCACAAAUUUUAUUUUAGAUAUAGAAUUGAAUUUCUACUUCUUGUCUCA